AUGCGGACUCUUAUUAAUUUCUGCUUGCUUUUUCUGUUAUGCUGGUCAUCAGCCAAUUUGACCCAAUAUGAUAUUCAAAGAGCAAAAAGAUUGAGCUCUGGUCGAUUGAAGGGGCGUGCUGCUCCCGAAGCAUCUUUACACUAUCGACAAGAAUUGAUAUCCCGAGGAACAAGAUCACCGUAUUACACAAAUAAAACUUCUAAUUUUUGGGUAGAUGGAACUGCAAUUCCAGAUGUUGAUUUUGACAUUGGGGAUUCGUACGCCGGUCUACUUCCCAUAUCUUCGGAACCAAAUGAAAGCCGUAAAUUCUAUUUUUGGUUCUUUCCUUCUGCAAAUCCGGCAGCGACAGACGAGAUUUUGAUCUGGCUGAACGGUGGACCUGGUUGCAGUUCCCUCGAAGGUCUCCUUCAGGAGAACGGGCCAUUCCAAUGGCAGUAUGGCACUUACAAACCAGUGCCGAACCCUUGGACUUGGGUCAACCUGACCAAUGUUGUGUGGAUAGACCAGCCCAUCGGAACCGGAUUUUCACAAGGAGAGAACAACAUCACAACUGAAGCAGAGAUGGCAAGCCAAUUUCUCGGCUUCUAUAGAAAUUUCGUCCAGACAUUUGAUUUGACCGGAAGAAAUAUAUUCAUAGCAGGUGAAUCGUAUUCUGGACAGUAUGUCCCACACAUUGCGAGCGCCAUGCUCGACCAGAACGAUACUGAAACCUUCAAUCUCAAUUCGACCAUGAUACUCGACCCAUUGAUCAACAGCCCUGUCGUCUUGACCGAAGUCUUUGCCGCCAACUUCCUUAAUGACUGGCAGUCAACAUUUUCCCUAAACAAGACCACGGUGGCCCAGGUGCAGAAUAUGAGCAUCGAGUGUGGAUACCAGUCUUACAUAGAGGAUAAUUUUCUCUUCCCGCCAAAAGGGCCAUUUCCACCUAUUCCAGAUGCCAGCGAUACGGACCCAAACUGUGCUGUUUGGGAAACUAUUGCAGAUGCAGUAGCCAUUGUCAAUCCAUGCUGGAACAUUUAUCACAUCACAGCUACGUGUCCCCAGCUCUGGGACGUUCUAGGCUGGCCAGGGACUUCAAGUUACCUUCCUCCAGGCGGCGGUCCGCUGUAUUUCGAUCGGGCUGAUGUCAAAACGGCUAUCCACGCUCCAAUGAAUACAACCUGGACCGAAUGCACAGACGCAGUAAUCUACAACACAGAGACUGGAUGGUCAACAGACUCUCAAAACAAUCUCUAUACUCCUUUUACCGUCUUACCUGGUGUAAUUGAGCGAAGUCAACGCACUAUCAUCGGUCAUGGUAAUCUGGAUUUUCUCCUACUCAGUCAAGCAUCGUUAUUGACGAUUCAAAACAUGACUUGGGCUGGCCAGCAAGGCUUUCAAUCGCCUGUUGACCAAGACUUCAUAGUUCCAGCCCAGACGGCUUACCAAGACACAACGCUUGCCGGCAGCGGGGUGAUGGGCUCUACUAAAACAGAGAGGGGGCUCACGUUUGUUGAAGUGAGCCUUAGUGGGCACAUGGUCCCUCAAUAUCAACCAGCCGCCGCCUUUCGAUUGGUAGAAUUCCUUCUUGGAAGGGUUUCGAGCAUCUCAGAAGCAGAGCCUUUUACUAAUAGCUCUGAUGGCUUGGUGGCACAGCAGAACGCCCCCGACCCUUCAGACUAA